AUGGAGAAAAAACAAUAUCGCUCGGUGAUUCGAUUCUUAUUUUUGGAAGGGAAAUCGCGCAGUGAAAUUAAAGAACGUUUGGAUGCAGUAGAUGCGGAUCCUUCUCCUUCAAUGGCGACCACUAAAAAUUGGUAUAACGAGUUUCAAUGUGGUCGUACGUCGAUUUUGGAUAAUCCACGCCCAGGUGCUCCGAAAACAGCCACCACGGAGAAGAAAGUGACAAAAGUAAACGAUAUCGCUUUGUCAGAUCGACGAUUAAAGGUGCUCGAGAUAGCUGCGAUAGUAGACAUCUCAGAAGAACACAUAAGGCAUAUCCCACGUGAGAUUUUGGGCAUGAGGAAACUGUCAGCAAGGUGGGUGCCGCGUUUGUUGACUGCAGACAACAAGCGCAUCCGUGUGACCAGUUCAGGGCAGUGUUUGGAGCUGUUUAAUCGCAAUCCAAAAGAGUUCUUUCGUCCUUACGUGACCGUCAAUAAAACAUGGAUUCACUGGUACACUCCAGAGACCAAGGAGCAGUUAAAACAGUGGACUUUACCUGGUGAGCGUGCUCCGAAGAAGGCGAAAACGGUCCCGUCGACCAGAAAGGUGAUGGCCACUGUUUUCUGA